GCGCCGUGGAUGGAUUUUCCCCGAGCAACUGUAGCCUCCUCCUCCUCUCUCCACCUUCCGAACGCUGUACGUGCGGGGUUGUAGGCGCGGGGGUGUGCGCGCGCGGGAGUGCUGUCAUUGUCUUUGUCGUCGCGGUGCCUAGGACCAUAUACAUCUCGGCGGUCCCCGAUGCGUGCGUGCGUCCUGCGUGCCGUCCUGUAGCCUGCGAAGACGCUCCAUGUCUCCCGUGAUGCGUACAACGUCCCUGUAACGCUGUAUACCGUGUGUUGCCGAGAGAGAGAGAGAGAGAGAGAGCGACGCCAGUAGCGUCAGGACGUCGAGGGACAGAAGACUAGUGUGUUCCAGUAUAGUCCCGUGGAGAGGUGCGCGAGGGCGUGUGCCGCAAUGUGCCCAACGCGGAUCGUCUGAGUAGUCCUUUGCUCUCGUCGGGCGAGCUUUUUCCCCCCUCCCCCCGGGUGGUGGUGGUGGUGGUUCGCUGUGGUGCUCCGGGACUACCCCGCGACUCCGAGCUUCCAAAGGAUCGUCGGACAGUGCGCGACGUAUAGUGCCCCCUAGGGUUGUCACUGAGGGGCUAUAGUGUGUGCAGAAGGGCCCGAACUCGAUACAACCACACGGAAGCGAACCAAGACGAGGGAAACACUAUUGUGUCUUGUGCAUCGUGUAUACUGCCACUGCUGCGCACCAGGAGUAACUGCAGCUACGGAGAUUCUGCAGCUGCGUAGAUAGCGCGUACCCACGUUAUCGCGUACCUUAUUCAUUACUCAAAAUGCCUUCGUUGGUGAAGAGACAGGCGCCGAUGCCUGCCGCUCCCGGCCAGGAAGCGCAGCUCCCAACGCAGCCGGUCACCACGACUAUCACGUCGAAUCUCACGACGCCAAAGUCGCUCACAAAUGUCGAAGAGACGGGGGGCUUCGUCACGACAACGGAAACGGAAAGCGUCGUGACGACCACCGUAAAGUCCUUGGAGGAGAAGAUCGAGAAAGUCGUCGACAAGUUUUCCGACGAGGCGGGCCUACCCACGUGGGCCGUCAUCACUCUUUUCAUAGUAGGUUUACUCAUACUCGGACUGAUCGGCUUCUGCAUAAGGAGAUGCUUCAAGAAGCGACGCGCAAAGGACGGGAAAAAGGGCAAGGGCGGGGUCGACCUCAAGUCGGUGCAACUGUUGGGCAGUACGUACAAGGACAAGGUGCAGCCGGACAUGGAGGAGCUGACCGAGAACGCCGAGGAGCCGGACGAGGCCGAGAGCAAGCAGAGCGAAGUCAAGCUCGGCAGGCUUCAAUUCAAGCUGGAGUACGACUUCAACGCGAACAGCUUGGCCGUUACGGUGAUAAAGGCCGAGGAGCUCCCGGCCCUCGACAUGGGCGGCACUUCCGAUCCUUACGUCAAGUGCUACCUCCUGCCCGACAAGAAGAAGAAGUUCGAGACGAAGGUCCACCGGAAGACGCUCAAUCCCGAGUUCAAUGAGACUUUCACGUUCAAGAGUCUGCCGUACGCCGACGCGAUGAACAAGACGCUGGUGUUUGCCAUCUUCGACUUUGACAGAUUCUCAAAGCACGACCAGAUCGGCGAGGUCAAGGUGCCACUUUGCAUGGUCGACCUCGCCCAGACGAUCGAGGAAUGGCGGGACCUCGUCAGCGUCGAGGGCGAAGGCACAGGGGACAACAAGUUGGGUGACAUCUGCUUCUCCCUGCGUUACGUGCCGACCGCGGGUAAACUGACUGUCGUGAUCCUGGAGGCGAAGAAUCUCAAGAAGAUGGACGUGGGUGGCCUCUCCGAUCCUUACGUCAAGAUCGCGAUACUGCAGAACGGCAAGCGGCUCAAGAAGAAGAAGACGUCCAUCAAAAAGUGCACCCUCAAUCCGUACUACAACGAAUCAUUCACCUUUGAAGUACCCUUUGAACAGAUUCAGAAAGUGAACUUGUCGGUGACUGUGGUGGAUUACGAUGAUCGUAUCGGUACGUCCGAGCCAAUCGGCAAGGUCAUUCUUGGCUACAACGCGAGCGGCACGGAACUGAGACACUGGUCGGACAUGUUGGCAUCGCCGAGGCGUCCGAUCGCCCAGUGGCAUACGCUCAAAGAUCCCGAGGAUGGCGACAAGAAGGACUAAGGAGACAACAAAUCGUUUUAAUGGGAGAAAAAUCUUGAUGAAGGAUUACGAAAAGUACGAGAUGAUAAUACGAAACACACGAUAGGCACAUGAAACGAUCACGUAUGUAUUAAUCGAUGAAACGUGAAUAAUGAAACAGACGAGCAAACAACAGUAAGAAAACCAAAAGUACCAGCAAAGAAAGAGCUAGCGUUAACGAUAUGUUCUCAUGGAGUGUAGUGUCUUGUAUAUAUACACACAACUAUAUCAGCUAUACUUCUCUCUGUAGACGUAACGGUUAUAAUAUGAUUAUUUAAGAAGAAACAAAAAACAAAAACAAUUAAAACAACUAAGAAAUCGCGGCGCGUCCUCUCAACGAAGACACAAACACGCAAACGCAUUACAUUCCAAAAAAAAAAGUUUUCUUUUUAUAUGUAACAUACGUUUUAACGAUAUAUUUACUAUAUUUUCAAUCAGCGAUGGAGUUUAUGAAAUGAUUGAAAUCCUUAACUAUAAAAUUCCGCUUUGGUCUGUUAGAAACGAAGUUUUUCCCAGUAUUAAUUUAUUUUGUGAAAAAUAAAAUUGACAAAAAAUUAGAUUCGUUGCAUGUGCACGUACAUUUGAAAAAAGACCCUUUAUGGAUCUGUUAGAUGACUACGUAACUUCCUACUAUCGCCUCUUUUACUUUUCUUUAGAAAAAAAAAGUCGAGAGACACGCGGGAAUGAUGCUUUUGACCGCCCUGUCUUCGUUGCAACAAAAAUGAACCACCUAUGAUUAUCAUCUGAGUCGAUAAUACGUCGAACCAAGUAAUGAUGAAAAAAAAGAAAAAAAGGCGAAUGACGAGAAAAAAAAAAGGAAAAACGUUAGUAUAAAAUUUUAACGCUACACUCGCUCUGGGCGUUCGCGUCUUCAAAGCGGUUUCGUCGACAAUAUAUACAUAUUAUACAUAAAUAUAUAUAUAUAUAUAUAAUAUUAUACAUUUGCUUCUCGAAUAAGCGAAAACUCGCCGUUACGCUGUGCCGCGCGACGCACUCCCCCACAUGAAGUAAAAAUUAUCAAUAAGUAAUUUGCUCGACGAGCGUGACAAAUGGCACCGUUUGAGCGUCGAAAGUGGAGCAACUACCGCUCGCGCGACCCGAGAGAUUCGUCGUUCGAACAGCCGCGAAUCGUCGAAAAAUAUUACCGGGCGUGAGAACACCCACCGGCCUAUCAAGCGAUAGCCGCUCAAACGGUGCUUCGGAUGGAUGAAAAUUAAAAAAAAAGAAAAAAAAAAAAUGGCCCACAGUUGAAUAAUAUGCCACUGCGUCGUAGCGCUAAGCGUUCGGCGACCAAUCGGCCUGUAAAUUUCGCGCUCGUGCAAGCUCAGUUGUAUUCUGUCGAAAAACCGUAGGUAGGAAACGCCCGACGCGUCCCCCAAUGGCACGCCAACGAUUUUCUACGUCCCUUCAAUGCACGACUGCGUCAAAGAUGCAUACGUAUGAUUUCUCUCAUCCAAAGAAGAAAAAUAAACAAUAAUAUCCGAAAGAUUCGGAAAAUCGUCGGCCACGUGCUCCCCCGUACGCGUCGUGCGUUUCUACUAAGGAUUUUUUCCAGAUAAUGUAUUAAUAAACCAUGGCGUGUUUUAAUGAAGAAUUACCCAUAGUUAUUCUUAUUAUUAUGAAUUAUUAAUAAUCGACAAGGAAAAAGAAAAAAAAAAAAAAAAAGAAAUCCCCAACAACCCCCACUGAUGUUGAUAUCAACGGCGUGUUUACGUAAACGUAUAUAAUAAUGGCGUGUUAAUCAUUCAUAGCUGUCAUGAAUUUCUUUGUUAUUCGAAAAUGUCGCGUUAAAGGGUGAGAGAACGAGAAAGUUAUAUAUUUAAUUGUAAAAUUACGAAGGAUAAGCAAAAAAUAAAAAAAAGUAAAUAAACAAAAACUAAAAUAAUGGUGCAUACACUUAAAAACUUGUUGCUAUGGUACUUAUAUUUAUUGUGAGUUACGUGAAUUGAGAAAAAUCUAUCAUUAGGUGAUUGGGAGUGAGCGCGAGAGUGAGAUGUUAUUAUUAUUAAAAAAAAAAAAAAAAAAAAAGUGAAAACGAGAGACACACGAGGGGCACUCAUCGUCACUCAUCCGUACUGUAACUCGGGUUCAUUGAGUAUUCACGUAUAACCGUUCAACGCGGAGCUUUUGCGACGUGUACUAUACAUAUUUUUUCGACUCACGCAUAUUUUUUCGGUUCGCUCCCAUUAUAUUACACCCGCAAGUCCACGAUUCGUCGUCACGUCCCGAAAAUAGAGUUUACCGCACGGCGAUGCACACACGCUAACUGAUCCGUGUAAAUAAUUCCUUUCCCCCUGCAAAUUACGCCGCGCGCGUUGAAAAUUGUCACUGUAUUCUAGUGCGCGAAUUGUUUUUUUAUUUCUCCUUUGCGUGGCUGAACAAUAUACAUUAUGCAAACGUGUGCGCGCGACUCCGUCUCGACGAGCUCAAAAGCUAUGAGAAGAAUGAAUAAAAUAUAUCCGUGUAAUACCUUCGGGUAAAUCGUUACUUAGUCACGAGAGUACCGAUUUUCAUUGUCCACUCCCUUGAGGAAAGCGGCCUUUCUUGAGCGAUGCAUUUUAUUUAUCAAAAGUACCUACACGCAAAACAAGUAUGAAUGUUUCAACGUGUGACAAACAGCCAAGAGACGGGAUUGGCUGUCGUUACAACAGUGACCGCGAGAUCGGAUAGGGGUGGGUACCUGCAUCAAAGCUUCGUCCGGUUAGCUCAUUGGUUCCUUUGCUCGUCACUGUAUACCUUUCAUUUGAUUCUCAAGUUGUACGUUUCCAUGAUAUACACACGUAUCGUAUAAAUAUAUAAAUAUAUCAUGGACAAUGCGACGAGUGCGAAAAUCGCACAUACAAACACACACACACAUCACCCACAAAUUGUACGAAUCAAAGUCAGUAUUGAGAUAUACCUAGGUAACAUACGUAUUAUAUAUCCCCAGAGAUGAUCGUUGUACGCUUAGGGAUAAAAGUUACAUCGGCGAGUGAGAGUCGCGCGAGUCCUCGAUCCUGAAACGCAAAAAGAAAGGGAGGAAGUAACGUAUUGUAGGAUCCCCUCACCUAAAUUUUAGAGAAAACGGGAAGAAGGACAAGCACAGCGAAAAAGUAAUACACGCGAUAUUAAUGAAAAGAAAAAAUAAAACGAUAAAAAAAAAAAGAAAAAAAAACAAGGCACGUUCACCCAUAACACACGACCAUACAAAUAUCUCACGCUCUCACUUAUGAUAAACGAUUAUACAAAUACACACAUAUAUAUAUAUACGGGGAGAAGAAAAUAAAAGAGGGAUAAAGAGAGCACACGGCGUAGCAAGUCUACGUGUAAUGCGUAUAAAUAAAUAUCGAAACAGAGACGAAGCAUACGAUAUUAUAUAUAUGUAUGAAAAUCGUAGUUGGCAGAUUAUAGAGUUUACAAAGCGUAUACCUAUUAUGGUUACAAUAUAAAUAUAUAUGUGUGCGACGAAUGGACGAAAAAAGCUCCCUUCCUACCGGGCGACGCGAGGGGUCGAUCGAAAAUUAUUACCAAUGAUGAUUAAACUUAGAGGCGUCUCUGGAGACGAGAGAACGCGCCACCUUUUUCACGUUGAAUAUUUAUAUAGAUUUGUUGAGUGAUGUCGCUCGGCUGGGAGGACAGGGAGGCUCGAGCUCGCGCCAAUGCGAUGAUGCGGUUGAUAUGAGUUGAUUCACACGUAGAUGCAUGUAAAAGUACUCUUGGCAAGAUCACGUCGCGCACCUCUUUUUUUCUUUUUUCUUUUACUUUUCCCUAUACUGUAAUUUUUCAUUACAUCAGGACCAAUGAACCGAAUGGGGAAACAAAACCAAUUUAGCACGUAUACUUCGCUUGAAGCAUCAAAAAAAAAAAAAAAAAAAAAAGAAAUGUAAGGUGCGCUUAGCAAACAAAAAGUUCCGCAUCACAUAUCCGUGCGUUGUUAUAAAAUUAGUUGUAGCUAAACACACCCACGCGCCGAUAUGUAUCUCGAUCUCUGUAUUCAGGCAGAUGAUUUAUCAGAUUGUAUUUGUACGCCUGUAGGUGAGCUUGUAGUUGUCACGCAAAGAAAAGAAACUCAAAUUCUUUUGUCAAUAUUAUUUAUCAUUAAACACAAUACACGAACGAUUUGAUUGAAAAGACAUUUUUUCGUUUUUGUGAGCAUGGAUCAUUUGAACAAUAGCUACUCGUACAGAUGUAUGAUCGGUAGAACGACGACCAAAAGUUGAAAGUGACGUGGACGAGUGAAUGAAAAAUAAAAAAAAAAUAAAAAAAUAUUGGUACACAUAUGGUAAUGAUAAACAAUAAACAUACUCGAGCCAUUACUAUCGCAAUCAUGCGCACAAUAUCAUCAUCGCGAACGAAUGUACUUACGCCUGCUAGUUUAUAUACGUAUAGAGACACGCAAGCACAAUAUACACAUCACACGUACAUCGUAUAUAUACAUAUGUACACAGCCUUUGCGAGGGGACGAUGGAUUGAAAAAAAAAAAAAAAAAAAAA